UUGCCUCCUCUUCUCCUCCGCAGAAACAGUUGGUGAUUCUUUGUGUGCAAAUCUUGGUUGCACGAUCUGCGAUCGACUGCCUUGGUGGUGUUUAUCGUGUCUUGUGUCGAUUGGUUUGUGAAGUUACCUGGGUUUGAUGCUCUGAGUGGAUUCCAAGAACUCAUUCAUUGUCUUGAGUUUUGUUCUUGAGUUUUGUUUAUUGACUUUGAAUGGCACUUUCUUGAGUCUCAUUCGUUGCCUACUGUCUUGCGCGCUAUGCACGAUGCUGAUUUCUAUCGACGUGGGCGAAUGGUGCUGAUUUCACCUGCGGUACCUACUAACAUAUCCUCUGUGUAUAACGUGAAUAGGAUAGUUAAUCUGUGGGUUCUUCAGCUUUGAAGAUGUUGAAGUAAAUUGAUACUAGUGUUAUUAUCCAUUAAUUUGAUUUCAAUUUUUCAAGAACUGCUGCAAAACUUUAGGCAAGACAGGGGUUCCUUGUUUGCCAAAACCUUCUUUACAUGUAAAGGAAUGUGACAUACAGAUUAGUAGAUAAUGCGAUUUUUCAUCCUUCUGGAGUUUUCUUGAUAUGGAAUGACUGGAGAAAUUACUCAAGUCAACAAGGCUACUAAACCAGAGGCAUUUUCAAGAAAAUUAUCGUUUUGUAUUUUACAAUGGUUCGUCAUUUAGUUGGUGACGCGUCAUCUGAAGAAGCACAAAAUGGGACUCCUGUAGGAAGAUUAACUGCACUUUCGUAUGGUGCUGGUCACAUGCUAAAUGAUAUCACGUCAGCAUGUUGGUUUACUUAUUUGCUGUUGUUCCUGACGGAUAUAGGACUAAGUCCAAGGGAUGCAGCCAUUGUCAUGCUAUCUGGCCAAAUUGCUGAUGCCUUCGCUACAGUAUUUGCUGGAGAACUGAUAGACUGCUUCGGGCACUUCAAACUAUGGCAUGCUGGAGGAUCUUUUCUGGUUGCUGUCUCUUUCUCUUCUGUAUUUGGUAGCUGCCUCUUCUGUAAAAUCAUAGGCAGUAACUCGCCUACACUGCAAACUAUUGGUUACAGCAUUUUUGCUGCAAUUUUCAACGUGGGUUGGGCUGUCACCCAAGUUUCACACAUGUCCAUGGUGAAUUGCAUCACUCUUGAUCCUACAAGCAGAGUUGCACUUGCAAGCUGUCGAAAUGCCUUCACAAUGGUAGCCAAUCUCAGUCUCUAUGCAGUUGCUUUAUGUGUUUUCAGUGUUUAUAAUUCCAGAGCCUCUGCUGACAUCAAGAUUCAGUACCGCUGGAUUGCAUACUUGUCCAUUUUCAUUGGAUGCUUCUUUGUGGUCUUAUUCCUAGUUGGUGUCAAAGAACCACGGUUGAAGCAGGAAAUCCAAUGCAAAAAAAUUUCCAGGAUCUCAUGGGCCCACUGGUUCAAGAAAAUACUCUACUAUCAAGUUGCACUUGUUUAUACACUCACUCGGCUAGUGACAAAUGUUUCACAGGCACUGCUUGCUUUUUAUGUCACUAAUGAAUUGGGCAUGAGCGAUUCAUCAAAGGCUUUGGUGCCUGCUAUUAUCUAUAUUUGCAGCCUUCUGGUGUCUGUCAUUCUGCAGGAGAUCAGAUGGUCUGGGUGGCGUCUUAAGUUAUUCUUUACUGCUGGAGCCAUCUUGUGGGUGUUCUCCGGUGCAGGAAUAUUUGUUCUUCCACCUAGCAAGCACAACUAUAUAUACAUACUCUCAAUAAUUGUUGGUGCUGCUAAUGCGUUGAUGAUGGUGACUGGAAUUAGCAUGGAAAGUACCCUGGUUGGUGAAGAUCUAAACGGAUGUGCUUUUGUUUAUGGAUCACUAAGUUUUCUAGAUAAAUUGUCAUGCGGCCUUGCUUUAUAUGCUCUCGAGUCAUAUGAAGGUUCAUCCGAUGUCAGUGUCAAUUACUCGAUUACAAGAUAUGGUAUCGGAGCAGUUCCUGCUGCUUGUGCUCUUCUUUCUGCUGUCGUCACGUAUACGAUGAAACUUACGGACUCCUCUUCCAUUCCUUUGGUUGAACCUUUGAUUGCAUAAUGCUGGCGAAACCAGAAGUACGGGUGCUGCCUAAAUGUUCUCCACAGAUUGAUACUUCGAUUGCUGAUAAGGAAUAAGAAAAGGAAACCUUAUAUUUUGUUCAAUUAUAAUAGAGAGUUGAAAGGUUGGAGAAGAGAGAUUAUUUUAGGACAGCAUUCUACUCCGCGUAGAAUCUUCCUAAUAAACAUGAUAGAUGCAUGGGGUGGCCGCUUCUAGCAGGAAUAGAUGCCUGCAGAUGAUUGUAAUUUAAAAACGUAUUUCAUUUGUUACUGCACAUCGAUCAUCUAUACAGUAAAUAUUAUUUCCAA